AUGACUGGGUUCUGGGCAGAUUUUAUUGACAAAAAGAUAUAUGACCUGGGGAGGAAGAUAUGGACAACGAAAGGAGAAGAUCAGGAGUCAGACAAGAAGGAUUUCAUUGAUAGCUUCAAGCUGUUGGAAGGAGAGCUUGGAGACAAGUCUUACUAUGGGGGCGAGACCCUCGGCUACGUUGAUGUUGCGCUGCUUCCUUUCCAUUGCUGGUUUUAUGCCUAUGAAACAAUCGGCAACUUCAAUAUAGAGGCUGAUUGUCCGAAGCUGAUUGCUUACUGCAAGAGGUGCUUGCAGAAAGAGAGUGUAUCCAAGUCUUUUGAAGAUCCACAUAAAGUCUCUGUUUUCGUUGUGAUUAUGAGAAAGACGCUUGGGCUUGAGCAAUGUGCAAUUUGUUGUGCCUGUGCACCAUAUACCCUACCUUUUGAAACUCCUCCUGAAGCUACACACGAAGCUACUCCAUCAAAUGAAGGAUGA